GGCCAUUUGGGGCCGUUUCGGGCUGUUUCGGGGCCGUUUCGGGGGCGUUUGGGACCGUUUGGGGCCAUUUUGGGGCCGUUUCGGGCCGUUUCGGGGGUGUUUGGGGGUGUUCGGGGCCGUUUCGGGGGCGUUUGGGGCCGUUCGGGGCCGUUUCGGGGGCGUUUGGGACCAUUUGGGGCCAUUUUCGGGCCGUUUCGGGCCGUUUCGGGGGUGUUUGGGGGCGUUCGGGGCUGUUUCGGGGCCGUUUGGGGGCGUUCGGGGCCGUUUCGGGGGCAUUUGGGACCGUUUGGGGCCAUUUUCGGGCCGUUUCGGGCCGUUUCGGGGGUGUUUGGGGACGUUCGGGGCCGUUUCGGGGGCGUUCGGGGCCGUUCGGGGCCGUUUGGGGGGCGUUGGGGGCCGCUGGGGGCUGACGCGGCCCCCCCAGACCGGCUGCGGCGGGCGGGGGCCGGCGGGCACGUGGUGGCGGCGCACGGGGGCCGCUUCUUCGGGGUGCCGGUGCGGCACCGCGGCCGGGCGCUGGGGCCCCGCGAGCUGCAGGCCCAGUUCCAGCGGGUGCUCGAGGACGCCGGGGCCCCUGCGGCUGGCGAGGCGGCACUGGGUGCCCUCACGGCCGGGGACAGGGCGCCGUGGGCCCGGGCGCGGGCGCUGCUGGCGGGGGGGGGCAGCGCGGGGGCCCUGGGGACGCUGGAGGCCGCCGCCUUCGUGGUGGCCCUGGACGCGGCCCCCCCCCCCGCGCCCCCCCUGGACCCCGGCGCGGGGGGCGACGAUGACGACGGUGCCCCCCCCCGGCCCCUCGACGCCUACGCCAAGGCCCUGCUGCACGGCCAGGGCCACGACAGGUGGUUCGAUAAAUCCUUCAACCUGGUGGUGUUCAGCGACGGGACGAUGGGGCUCAACGUGGAGCAGUCGUGGGGCGACGUCUCGGCCGUGGGGCACCUCUGGGAGUACGUGCUGGCGACGGACGCGCUGGAGCUGGGCUACGAGGCGUCGGGCGACUGUCGGGGGGGGCUGGAGCCGGGGCUGCCCCCCCCCCAGCGCCUGCACUGGGACAUCCCCGACGAGUGCCAGGCGGCGGCGGCGGGGGCCCUGCGUGCCGCCCGGGCGCUGGCGGCCGACGUGGAGCUGCACGUGAGCCUGGCGGGAGCCUUCGGCCCGGCGCUGCCCCGGCGCCUGCGCUGCUGCCCCGACGCCCUGCUGCACCUCGGCCUCCAGCUCGCCCACAGCCGCGACCGGGGGGGCCUGUGCCUGGCGUACGAGGCGGCGCCGGGGGGGCUCUUCGCCGAGGGGGGGACGGAGGCCGUGGGGGGCUGCAGCGCCGAGGCGGCUGCCUUCAUCCGCGCCAUGGGGGACCCCGAGGCCACGGUGGGGCGGCGCCGGGCCCUGCUGCGGGCGGCGGCCUCGCGCCAGGCGGAGCUGCGGCGGGCGGCCAUGACGGGGGCGGGGCCCCACCGCCACCUCUUUGCCCUGGCAUUGGCCGGGCAGCUCCUGGGGCUCCGCCCCCCCUUCCUCUGCCAGGCGCUGGCGCUGCCCUGGGGGCUGGCGGUGGGGCAGACGCCGCUGCAGCAGCUGGGGCUCCUGGACCCGCGGCGGCACCCGGAGCUGCUCCCGGCCGGCGGCGGCUUCGGGCCGCCGGCGGACGACGGCUACGGGGUGUCGUGGGCGCCGGCGGGCGACGCCGCCUUCGUCUUCCACGUGUGCUGCAAGGCCUCCUGCCCCGAGACGGACGCCCGCCGCUUCGCCGGCCACAUCCGCGCGGCCCUGCGGGAGCUGCGGGAGCUGCUGGAGGGGGGCGACGGGUGACGGGGGGGGGGGCGAGGAUGGGACCCCCCCCCCCGCUGCGACACCCCCCCCCCGCGACACCCCCCCGGGGGGGGUGAAGACGAUGACGAGGAGGAGGAGGAUGGUGACGAUGACGACAAUAAAGCGCCGGGUGCUGCUGGGCG